AUGAAGAUCAAGUUGCUUGGGAGUAAGAUCAAAUCUAAGCUUAGCAAGUUAGGCUCUGUCUCGCAUCACAAUUCACCCUCUUCAGAUCCUAUUCCUGAGGCUUCCACGCCCUUACAGACACCGAUAUCAACAGCAAGCCUGAAAGAGCGGCUGUGGAACCAAGCGUAUGACGAGCUCAAGUCAAGCGAACUCGAAAUAGUCGAAGCAUACGAGAAACUCCUAUCGGCCCAACUUUCGGAGGACCACCUCACCUCAACCGCUGUAGCUGACAACCAAAUCAAGCCUACCUCGCAGGGAAGAUGGCGCCAGAUGGAGCGCCUUGUCGAGGCUGGGCUACAGAAGACGAGCAAAGAUGCAGCUACGAAACAGAAGAUUAGUGACAUGAUCUACAUCAUAUCCCCGCUGAAGGAGGUAGUUGGGAAGGCUUUGCAGGCUGCUCCUCAAGCUGCCAUCGCUUGGGUCGGCGUUUCCUUCGCUUUGGAGGUCAGAUUACUCCUCAAAACUACAAAACUGAACAUCCAAAAAUAUACUGACGCUCUGAAGAUGCUCGCGAAUCCAGUCGUCGAGCCGGGAAUCAAUCGCGAUGGCAUUGAAUAUGUUGUGUCGAGGAUGAACUGGUACUGGAACUUGGUUGAUCUCCUCCUCAAACCAAAGAAUGCCAGCCCGGACCUUGAGGGACUACGUGCUCUGCUAAAAGGACAUAUAGUUGAGCUUUACAAAAAUCUCUUGAUUUACCAGAUGAAGAGUAUCUGCAUCUACCACAGAAGUCGGCUUGCCAUCCUCUUCAGAGAUCUGAUAAGGUUGGACGAUUGGGCCGGCAAGAUCGACGACAUACAAACCGUUGAGGCCGCCGUGCGAAACGACUUAGAGCAGUACAACACUCAACAGAUACUUCAACAUCUCCAGUCAAUAGAGGACAAUGCAAAAGAACAGCUCAAGGAACUUCGGAGUAUUCAGUCUGCCCUUCACCAUCAGACAAAGCAAAACAAUGAGAUGCAACAGAGCCGAGAAUUCAAGAAAUGCUUGGCCGACCUGCGUGUCACCGAUCCCCGCGACGACAAGAAGCGCAUACAGGACAUUAAGGGCGGUUUGCUCACUGACUCUUACGUCUGGGUGCUCGAGAACCUUAGUUUCUGUCAAUGGCGUAACGACCAGAACCAGCGAUUGCUUUGGGUUAAGGGCGACCCAGGCAAGGGUAAGACCAUGCUGCUAUGUGGUAUUAUCGAUGAGCUUGAAGCAACAUACCCUGAAGGGAGAAUGCUGUCGUAUUUCUUCUGUCAAGCCACCGAUGAUCGACUCAACACUGCGACUGCCGUUUUGCGCGGCCUGAUCUUCAUGCUUCUCGACCAAGAACCGUCCCUCAUUUCAUAUACGAAGAGCAAGUACGACAAAAGCGGGAAGGCACUUUUUCAAGACGCGAAUGCCUGGCAGGCGAUGUCUGAGAUCUUUACUAACAUGCUCUGUGAUUCGAAGCUGCAAGGCGUCUUCCUCCUCGUCGAUGCAUUGGAUGAGUGCUCAGCGGGUCUUGAACAGCUGCUCCAUCUAAUAACGGAAACAUCGAAAUCAACAAGUGCUAAGUGGCUUGUCUCAAGCCGAAAUUGGCUACAGAUCGAAGAACAGCUACGGACCGCAGCACAGAGGCUCUCGCUAGAGCUGCAUGCAGAGUCCGUUUCAGCAGCUGUUGAUAUCUAUAUCAAACAGAAGGUGAAGGAGCUAGCUGAAAACAAGGGUUAUGACUUAAAGACAAGAAACAGAGUACUCCGUUACCUUUCCAACCACGCAGGCGAUACCUUCCUCUGGGUGGCCUUAGUCUUCCAACAACUCAAGGCAGUGCCUGUGCUUGAAGUUCAAAGAAUAGUCGCGACAUUUCCGCCGGGGCUGGAUGCUCUUUACCAACGAAUGAUGCAGCAGAUCUGCGACUCUAUAGUUCAUGAGAAAUGCAUGCAGUUACUUGCCGUAACUGUUGUGCUCUACCGUCCUCUAUCACUCCUUGAGUAUGGAUCGGUUUGUGACCUACGAAGCGAGACAGAGUCGGACAACAGUGAUUGGGAUAACAGCGAUUCCGAGAAUAACGGCCGGAGCGUGGGCAAGCCCGAUGUGUCGAAGUUGGUACAUGAGUUGGUUCUCUGCUGCGGCUCGUUACUCACCAUUCGCGAGGGCAUAGUUUAUUUUGUACAUCAAUCGGCCAAGGAUUUCCUGCUGAACAAGACAUAUUUUGCAUUUGACCAUAUUCUACCUUCUGGCAUCGCGCACCAGCACUAUGUCAUCUUCUCAAGGUCUAUGGAAGCGUUAUCCGGAACGCUAAGACGAGACAUCUACGAGCUGCGCGCCCCUGGUAGUCUUGCAGAGGACAUUUCACCACCAACCCCAGACCCUUUAGACCCACUCAAAUACUUUUGCACAUACUGGGUCGAUCAUCUUGAUGCUGCCUUUCCUGCGACUAGCCCUAACUAUACACAUGAAAAGAUUUACGAAACUGUUCACACUUUCAUCAAGCACAAGUACCUUUAUUGGCUCGAGGCUCUGAGUAUUCUUCGUGGCAUAUCGCAGGCAGUUGUAGCGAUGCGGAAACUCGAGGUGCUAGUUGCAAAUAUUGAAGCACCGAAGCUGAUAGAAGUGGUCCGAGAUGCGCGCCGGUUUGUCCUAUCACACGGAUACAUGAUCGAAACCUGUCCAUUGCAAGUAUACAUAGCAGCCCUUCUAUUCAGCCCUACCGACAGCAUCAUACGUCAAUUUUUCGAGGACGAAGCACCGGCAUGGAUCAAAGUAAUCACGGAAGAAGAGGCUAGCUGGGACGCCUGUCUGCAGACACUAGAGGGUCACGGCGACCGGGUUGUCUCGGUAGCCUGCUCUUCUGAUGGGCGCCAUUUCGGAUCUGGCUCUGUUGAUAUGACUGUCAAGGUGUGGGACGCAGCCACAGGCCAGUGUAUCCAGACACUUGAAGGUCAUACCGACUCUGUCAAUGUAGUGACUUUCUCCGGCAAGGGCACUCAUCAGCUAGCAUCAGCAUCUUCCGAUAAGACCGUUAAGAUUUGGGACUAUAGAACAGGCUACUGUCUUCGGACGCUUGAAGGUCAUAACCACUUUGUCAACUCAGUAGCUUUCUCAGCUGGCGGUGAUCGUAUAGCAUCAGCGUCUUCCGACAACACUGUCAAGAUUUGGGAGAGCAGCACAGCCCGGUGUGUUCAGACUCUUGAAGGCCACACCGGUUCCGUCAAUGCAGUGGCUUUUUCGGGCCACAACACUCAGCUAGCAUCGGCGUCUUCCGAUGAGACUGUAAAGAUCUGGGACGCAGCCACAGGCCGGUGUCUCCAGACACUUGAAGGUCACACCGACUUUGUAAAUGCGGUGGCUUUCUUGGGCAAUGGCACCCAUCAGCUAGCAACGGCGUCUUCCGACAAGACUAUUAAGAUUUGGGACUAUAGAACAGGUAAUUGUCUUCAGACAUUCGAGGGUCACGGCCGGUUUGUCAAUUCAGUUGUUUUCUCGGCUAGCGGCGAUCGUAUAGUAUCAGCGUCUUCCGACAACACUAUGAAGAUUUGGGAGAGCAGCACAGGCCAGUGCUUGCAAACGCUGAGGGGCCAUAACCAAGUCAUCCAUGCAGUGGCUUUCUCCGGCGACGGCACUAGGUUGGCGUCGGCAUCCUCCGACAUGACCGUAAAGAUAUGGGACAGCGCUUUGGUGGGGUAUCGUCGAACACUUGAAGCCCACAGUGACAUCAUUUUCACAGUUGCUUUCUCGGCCGACGGCACCCACAUAGCAUCGGCAUCCUCCGACAAAACUCUCAAAGUUUGGGAUGCUAGUAAUGGCAAGUGUCUUUUGACGCUCGAAGGCCAUGGUAGCGCUGUCUGUGCGGUAGUUUUCUCGCGCGACGGGAACCGACUGGCAUCAGCAUCCUUCGACAAGACCAUCAAGGUGUGGGACAGGUAUACGGGUCAGUGUCUUCGGACCCUUGAAGGCCAUAGUGAUUUUAUCUUUUCGGUGGCUUUUUCGGGCGACGGUAUCCGAAUAGCAUCGGCAUCCGCAGACAGGACUGUCAAGAUCUGGGAUAACAACACGGGCCAGUGCUUGCGAACGCUUGAGGGCCAUAGCCAGUUGGUUAGUUCGGUGGCUUUUUCAGGCGACGGCACUCAAUUGGCAUCAGCAUCCUUUGACAAAACCGUUAAGGUAUGGGACUGUACUACAGGUCAGUGUCUUCGGACAUUCAGAGGCCACCUCAACAUCAUCUACGCAGUAGCGUUCUCGAGCGACGGCGCCCGAAUCGCAUCGGCAUCCUACAAUAGGCCCAUCAGGAUCUGGGACGGCGCGUCGAUGGUUACUUUGCCAGCCGACAGCAACCAGCAAUCUUUGGCAUCUUCCGACAAUACCAUUAAGAUUUGGGACAACGUGACCGGGCAUCAUAUCCGAACAUUUACCAAAACUCGGUUGCUUCACAACAUUCAUUUUUCCGAGGAUGGGUUGCAACUUGAUACGGAGAUGGGUCUUAUUGAUCUACAAGGCAAACUUACGAGCAAUUCAACGUUCAUAACAUCUCACGCACCUGAGAAACCGCUUUUCCAGGGUUAUUCAAUCAGCUCCAAUGAUGUGUGGAUCAAAAGAGAUUCUGUUCAUCUACUCUGGCUGCCGCCGGAGUAUCGAUCAUUUGUAUCAGCCAUAAAAGGGCCUGCGGUGGUCAUUGGUUGUGGAACAGGCCGGGUUGUGAUUUUUCGGUUCAUGGAAAACGACAGCGAAAGAAUAUCUCGCAGCGAAGUCGAGGGUCAAUCCGGACUGAGUGCGAUUUGA